AUGCCCAACCCGUUCAAGGAAACCAACCUGUUCGAGCCUAUGAAUAGGUCCAAUUUGAUCUACGGUCGGAUUAUGCGGAGUAAAUUCCCCACCGGGACGAACCCCAAUCCUUAUGAGGUGGACCCUCUCCCGGUGGCCGAGCUGGAAAUGGAGGAUCCUCUGAGCGCGGAAUAUCGGUACUACGAUGAACCGCUUGUACUAGCCCUGGCUCUUUGCGCGAUGUGGAUACUCAAGGAACGUCAAUUCAGUUCUAGUCUCCGGAUCGACGCGGGCGCGCUACAGCAACAACAUCAACAAUUGGAAUGUGAGAUGAGUCAUUCGAUCAUCCACCACUGCAACACGUUCACUCGAUAUCGAGUUCACCGUAUGCCCAUGGAUACCCCCCCCCCUGAUGGCGUUGUUAGCGGUGUUCCCCUGUUUCACCGGCGGCGCCGGACAGUGGCCACUCGCGCCCUUUCCCUGUCCCACUCCUAUGAAGAAUGGACGAUCUUCCACCUCGGGUGGAUGGACCAGCUGGGCUAG